CCAGGCCUGCGAACCCCGCGGGUGGGCCUGAGCGGCGGAAGUCCGGCUGCGGGAGGUUGCCGCCCACCUCGGGCCGCUCCUCCUCCUCCGGCCUCGGGCUCCCUCCACCCGGAGCUGCGUUCUGAAUUUUCAUCACUUCCCCAGAGUACCGCCAACUCUGUCUCCAGCCGAGACCCCCUCCCCACAUUCACCCCCCCACACACACACACACAUUUUCAUCUUCUCCCCCAAAUCAGUUCCCCUCUCCAGGUCCCCAGUUAGUCCCUGGAACCUGCCACCCUCGGACCACUGGCAACCUGAGGAUCUUCCUUCUUCCCCCUCCGACCACAGCCAGGCCCAGCUGCCCCCUCCCCGCUCUGUCCCCGCUGCCUGAACUGGAGCCCAGGCCUCACCCUUGGCCACCUGGACCCCAGCCCCCACUUUCACCCUGGCCUCCACCUCCAGUCCAGCCCCACCGCGGCCAGCGAGGCCUCCCUAUUUUAUUGUAUAUUUUGAAAACUUUUUAUGGAAGUAUAUCACAUAUGCAGGAAAACAGAAAUCACAGAUAGACAGCUCAAAUAACUUCACAAAGAGAACGCUCUGGUGUGAACAGCAUCCAAAUCCAGAAGCCGAACGUCCCCCACACCUCAGAAACCCUCCUUGCACCCCCUCCUUCAACACUGCCGCCCAAGGAUAACUGUUAUCAUAACUUUAAUGCCACAGGUACCCCACCCUUUCUUUCUAAGACCUGGAGGGGGGCUCAGCUGCCCCCCUGCCCACCCCAGGGCAUGGCAGCUGCGAGGCCCGGCCUGGGACGCAUCAUCCCUGGAUCAUCCAUCCUCUUCCUGUGCGACAUGCAGGAGAAGUUCCGCCAUGUCUUGUUCUUCCCCCAGAUCGUCUCUGUGGCUGCCCGCAUGCUCAAGGUGGCCCGGCUCCUGGAUGUGCCAGCUGUGCUGACUGAGCAGUACCCACAAGGCCUGGGCCCCACAGUGCCCGAGCUGGGGGCUGAGGGUCUGCAGCCACGGGCCAAGACCUGCUUCAGCAUGGUGCCCGUGGUGCAGCAGGAGCUGGACGCGCGGCCCCAGCUGCGCUCUGUGCUCCUCUGUGGCUUGGAGACACAAGCCUGCAUCUUGCACACAGCCCUGGACCUCCUGGACCAAGGGCUGCAGGUCCACGUGGUGGUGGACGCCUGCUCCUCCCGCAGCCAGGUCGACCGGCUGGUGGCGCUGUCCCGGAUGCGCCAGAGCGGCGCCUUCCUCUCCACCAGCGAGGGGCUCAUUCUGCAGCUCGUGGGUGAUGCCGCCCACCCCCGGUUCAAGGAGAUCCAGAAGAUCAUCAAGGAGCCCGCCCCAGACAGCGGGCUGCUGGGCCUCUUCCAUGGCCAGAACCCCCUCUUCCGCUGAACUCCCUACCCUGCCUUGAGGGGAGACCACCUUCUUGUCCCUGGGACCUUGGCAGAAGCGCUUUCCCCCCCAUUCUUGGAUCCCAAGAGUGGUGCAGUCCACCGGGGGUACCGCCCCCUCAGGAGGGGAUGUGGGUGCCGCUUUUCCAUUGGGCAGCAGCUCCCGGAAAUGCAAAUGAGACUCCUGGAAGCUGGGCGGGGGUUGGCUGAGCCGAGCUGGAGGUGGGGCUCGGCCCCCGGGCCACUUCAAGGAGCGUCAAGGGGAGGGGGAGGGAGUGUCACAGGCUGUGUGGGACCCGGUCUCAGAGAAUAAACAUUGAUGUGACUGUG